UCUCUCGCGGCCAACUGAAACGUUCUGCCAUCUUCUUGCAUCUCUCUCCGCUCCCUCUCUCACCCUCCCACCCCCGACUCCUGUCCCAAAAUGGCCGCCCCCGCCCCCGAGAUCGACCUCAAGAAGCCCGCCCCCGUCGCCGAGGUGCCCAAGGAGGAGGAGAAGGGCCUCACCAACGACAUCAUCACCAAGUACACCACCGCUGGCCAGGCUCUUGCUGCCGUCCUCAAGAAGUUUGUCCCGGAGAUCACUGCCGGCAAGAAGGUCCUUGAGCUCUGCAUCUCCGGCGACAAGCACAUCGCCGAGUCGGUCGCGUCCCUCUACAACAAGGCCAAGGCUGGUGUCAAGGUCACCAAGGGUUCGGCGUUCCCCACCUGUAUCUCGGUCAACAAUGUCGUCUCGCACGUCUCGCCCCUCCCCUCUGACCCCGAGUACACGCUCAAGGACGGUGACGUCGUCAAGGUCCAGCUCGGUGUCCACAUUGACGGCUACGCCGUUGUGCACGCCGAGUCGAUUGUGAUCGGCUCCAAGGUCGAGGGCGCCGCGGCCGACGUCGUUGCGGCCGCGUACGAUGCCGCUCAGGCUGCUAUGCGCACCCUCAAGGCUGGCGCCAAGAACUGGGACGUCACCGAGGUCGUUACCAAGGUGGCUAAGGAGUACGAGACCCUCCCCGUCCAGGGCAUGCUCUCGUGCAACCACGAGAAGAACGUCACCGACGGCAAGAAGCGCAUCCUUCUCAACCCCACGCCCGAGCUCAAGCGCGAGCACGAGUCGUGCACCUUCGAGGAGGGUGAGGUGUACGGUGUUGACGUCCUUGUUGUCUCCGGCACCGACCCCAAGGCCCGCCCCGAGGACGCCCGCACGUCGGUGUACAAGCGCGCCAACGACAUCAACUACCAGCUCAAGAUGAAGACGUCGCGCACCACCUUCUCCGAGAUCCAGAAGAAGGCCGGCGCCUUCCCCUUCACGCUCCGCGCUCUCGACGACGAGAAGCGCGCCCGCAUGGGCGUGCAGGAGGCUGUCUCGCACGGCCUCCUCAAGCCAUACGAGGUCACCCAGACCGCUGCCGGCACCGUCGUCGCCCAGUUCUUCUUCACCCUCGCCCUCAUGCCCGCCGGCCCCUUGCUGCUCUCCCCCGUCCCUGCGUGGUACUCGGCCGACAAGGUCAAGUCAUCCAAGUCGAUCAAGGACGAGGAGCUCAAGGCGCUUGUGGCCGCGCCCCUCCGCGCGCCCAAGAAGAAGGCUAAGAAGGCCGCCGCCGAGGCCAAGGCUUAAUUGCGGACACUGGUGACGCAUGGGAGAAGAAGCCUAUAGCUGUACUGCUCACAGCAGCAUGUUUUUCCUACUUACCUCGCACACAUCUGAAGAUGAAUUCAAACGAGAUGCGAAUGUGUAGGCCCAG